AUGGGAUUGACAAUCUCGGGACUUUUCAACCGCCUUUUUGGCAAAAAACAAGUCCGAAUCUUGAUGGUCGGUUUGGAUGCUGCGGGUAAAACGACGAUUCUGUACAAAUUGAAGCUUGGCGAGAUUGUCACCACGAUUCCUACAAUUGGCUUCAAUGUUGAGACUGUCGAAUACAAGAACAUUUCCUUUACUGUCUGGGACGUCGGAGGUCAAGACAAGAUUCGUCCUCUCUGGCGACACUAUUUCCAAAACACACAAGGCUUGAUUUUUGUUGUUGACUCAAAUGAUCGAGAGCGUAUUGAGGAGUCACGAGAGGAAUUGCAUAAAAUGCUCAAUGAAGACGAAUUGAGAGAUGCUACACUUCUUGUCUUUGCCAACAAACAGGAUCUUCCGAAUGCCAUGUCAGCUGCUGAAUUGACCGACAAGCUUGGUCUCCACAACCUUCGUUCCCGUCAGUGGUACAUCCAAGCAACCUGCGCAACUCAAGGACAUGGUCUCUAUGAGGGUCUUGACUGGCUAUCCAAUCAAUUGGCUAAGGUC